AUGCUGUGGGACAAGUGUGACACAAGCCACCAGACCCGCUCCGUCUCCAGCCGCCCCUACUACAGCCUGCCCAACAGCAGCCAUGAGAGGCGCUCGGUCCUCGCCAUCACGGAGCCGCCGCGUUUCCACUCCCAAGCCAAAGGCAAGAACGUGCGCCUGGACGUUCACUCCCGCAAGGCCACGCGGAGGAACAGUUUCUGCAACGGGGUCACCUUCACCAACCGGCCCAUCCACCUCUACGAGAAGGUGCGGCUGAAGCUGGUGGCUGUGCACCACGGCUGGAGCGGGGCCCUGCGCUUCGGCUUCACCAUCCACGACCCGUCGCAGAUGAGCUCUGACGAGAUACCAAAGUACGCCUGUCCUGACCUGGUGACCCGCCCCGGAUACUGGGCCAAAGCUUUGCCAGAGAGGUUUGCUGUGAGGGACAAUAUCUUGGCCUUCUGGGUUGAUCGUCAUGGGAGAGUCUUCUACAGUAUUAAUGACGAGGAGCCAAUACUGUUUCACUGUGGUAUUAAAGUUUCCGGUCCUCUUUGGGCACUCAUAGACGUCUACGGAAUUACCCAUGAAGUGCAGAUACUAGAUAGCAUGUUUGCAGAGACCAUGACCACUGCCCGGCUCAGCACUGCCCGGCUCAGCACCUGCCUUCCACAGAGCAACCACGACUCAGCCAACUUCAACAACAAUGAGCUGGAGAACAACCAAGUGGUGGCUAAAAUUGCAAACCUAAACCUAAGCCGGGUACCAGGACUUGCGACAGACAACCACAUCAUCCCCUGCUGCCCAAACCGGCGGCAUCACACGCAGGGGGUCCCGGCCUUCCUGGACACAGACCUGCGGUUCCACCCCACCCGCGGCCCUGACAUCACCUUUUCUCAGGACCGGAUGGUUGCGUGCACCAACUGGCAAGAAAGCAAUAGGACUUUGGUGUUUUCUGACCGGCCUUUGCACAUCGGUGAAAGCCUCUUUGUGGAAGUAGGACACCUUGGGUUGCCAUACUACGGGGCCCUUUCAUUUGGCAUCACUUCUUGUGAUCCGAGUACUUUACGGACAAAUGAGCUCCCGGCAGAUCCGGACUUUCUCUUGGACCGCAAGGAGUACUGGGUGGUUUACCGAGCGUUCCCGGUCCUCAACAACGGCGACAUUCUCAGCUUCAUGGUCUUGCCGAAUGGAGAGGUGCACCAUGGGGUGAACGGAGCCAGCCGAGGAAUGCUGAUGUGUGUGGACACCUCACAGUCUCUCUGGGUGUUUUUUACAAUCCAUGGUGUAAUCAACCAGCUCAAAAUACUGGGCACGGUGCAGUCCAGCCCGGUGACCGUCUCGCCCUCAGGAUCCCCCGGUGGCUCCCAGUACGACAGUGACUCGGACAUGGCCUUCAGCGUGAACAGGUCGUCAUCGGCUUCAGAGUCAUCGCUGGUGACUGCUCCAAGCUCCCCCUUGAGCCCCCCCAUCUCUCCUGUCUUCCCCCCUCCGGAGCCAUCCAGCAGCAAGAACGGGGAAUGCACCGUUUGCUUCGACAGCGAGGUGGACACGGUGAUCUACACCUGCGGACACAUGUGCCUCUGCAACACCUGCGGUCUUAAGCUGAAGAAGCAGCUCAACGCCUGCUGCCCAAUCUGCCGACGGGUCAUCAAAGAUGUUAUUAAAAUAUACCGCCCUUAGCGCCCGCCUCGGGCUGUAGGAAGGGGAACGCCGCUAGCAGUAACCACGCCUUUCCGUCCCUGCUUAUGGGUUAUCGUGCUGGUCAGUCGUUAUCAAGUGGCUCGUUAUCUGUGUUUCCUUAUUUGACAGGUAGGGCACAAUUCAGGGAUAAAAUUGAGCUGAGGAUCAUGUAGGGCCCAAAGGCAUGGCCAGGCUGUGUGCCCACAGGCGAAUCCGGGGAAUCACGGUCUGCACCCGACCCAGCUGCAAAUGAGAAAUUUCCCCUGCAAAGGUUCUUUUUUCCCUCUUCCUGCUCCGGAGGAGGCUUGCUAUGGUGUGGACCUGCAAGGGGAGGUUGCCAUUUGGUCAAUGCCAGGUGCCACUGGGCUUUCUGACCCCAAAACCUGAACAGCUCUGGGAUGCUGCCAGAUGCUUGUGCUGUGGUGGAACAAAAUUAGGAUAAGGCCCAGCGGGAGGGUUCAAAGUGGACAAAACUGAUCUGGAAACGUCCUGCUUAUCUGUAUAAGGAGAACUAGCUAAAGCCAAAUAGUAGCACAGCCAGAUUCUCACUUGUUUGGGUUCUGUCCCCGUGAACAGGUUUCUGGGGUACAUGGAGAAGCCAGUCUGGACAUAGAUAAAGCAGCUUUUGCUUUCUGUGGCAGAGCAGAGACUUUUGGCCAGGGAGGCUGAGACCUGGAGAGCUGCCAUGGGGUAGCAGUGAGGAGCACAAGCCCACUGAGAGCCCAGCCAGCCCCAGCAGUGGGCAGCUAUGAGGGGUGACUCAGGCCUGAUGAAGCCAUAAUUUCCAGCCCGUGGAUGAGAGGAGUGUUUGGAUGGGAACACUGCAAUCCUGGCUGUGAUGGUGUUUGCCAUCUCCAGGCACACACACCUGCAUUUUGCUCUGCCCUCUUGGCAGGUGGCACAGCUGCCAUGUUACCCCAUCCUGCCUGGCUAGACCUGUCCUAGACCUUCCCCCGCAGCCAGUGCCAUGGCAGGGCUCAGCUUUCCUCCUGCCCCACCAUGGGGACUUUUUGGAACCUGUGGUGAGAAAUUAAUUUCUGACCCAGUCCCAGCAGGCUCACCUUUUUUCUGAGGACUGUGUAUGUGCUGAUCUUACCUGCUCUUUCUCCUGCCUUUCCUGGUUUUCCAGCACAGCUGGGUCUCAACUGUAGAUGAGAACUUGUUGAGAAAAACAGGGAUCUAUCUCACUUGGCUUUACUUAGGAGUAGGAAAGAAAAAGGCUCUGGGGCUAUUAGUAGAUGUUGGGACUUAAAAGGUAAAUGGGUUUCAGGUGUGAUGUUACAGCUACAGGCAGCAGCUGGAUGAGCUGAGCAGCAUUUGAGUGAGCAGCACCGGGACUGGUGUGAGGAGCUUAGUGUCCUCCUCCCUGCUGCUCCAUUAGGAGUUACCCUCCAUUCUCUGUCCUCUGCCUU